UGGUGUUGCAACGGGGGUGGCGAAGCCGAACGUCCGCUCGGCGGACGGUAGACAGCAGGCAGUGCACAGGGUGGCUCGUAACUCGUAUAUAUGCGUGCGCGCGGGUGUAUACAUCACGCGCUAUAAUGUCCGCCUACGUGGCCGCCGAGGUUCUCGCGGGUCGCGGAUCGUCCAGCGGAUGGCCGACGUAGUGACGUAGAGUGAAGUGGAGAACGCUGUCGUAUACGCGCGCGUGGAAACGCCGUUCGCGAGUGCCGUCUGCGAAGUCUCUCCUUUUACGUUUCUCGCGCCGCUCGCACGUCAUUUUUUUCUUCUUCGCGCGAAAAGGAAAUUAAGGAUCCCUCCCGGAUCGCGCGACCGAGACAUCCUCUCGGUUGUUUCUCGGCCCUCCCCUGCGCGGCGCUCUCCUUCCGUUCGCCGCUCGGAGAAGAGAGAGACGAACGAGAGAGAAAGUUAUCGCCAGCACCGCCGCCGGCUUGAUCCGACGUUGAGUUGAAAAGAAGAGGAAAUAAAAAAAACACAGGAAAAAAUGUCGUCGGUUAAGGUGGCGGUGAGGGUACGGCCCUUCAACUAUCGUGAGAUCAGUCGCCAGGCACAAUGUAUCAUAGAAAUGACGGGGAGUACUACUUCCAUAGUGAAUCCGAAAGCUACACCAGGAAGCAAAGAAGCGACCAAGAGCUUCAAUUAUGACUAUUCCUACUUUUCUAUGGACCCAAAUGAUGAGAAUUACUCGACGCAGCUCAUGGUUUACAAGGAUAUCGGUGAAGAAAUGUUGGAACACGCUUUCGAAGGCUAUAACGUUUGCAUUUUUGCAUACGGUCAAACUGGCGCCGGUAAAUCUUACACCAUGAUGGGCAAGCAGGAGGAGGGGCAGGAGGGAAUAAUACCACAGAUUUGCAAGGAUCUGUUUAGGAAAAUCAGCUAUACGUCUAACGAGCGACUCAAGUACUCGGUAGAAGUGAGCUAUAUGGAAAUCUAUUGCGAGAGGGUGCGCGAUUUGUUAAAUCCGAAAAAUAGGGGAAAUCUUCGGGUAAGGGAACACCCACUCUACGGACCCUACGUCGAAGACCUCUCCAAGCUGGCCGUGCUGUCGUACGAGGACAUUCACGAUCUCAUAGACGAGGGUAACAAGGCGAGGACUGUCGCAGCGACCAACAUGAACGAAACAUCUAGCAGAUCGCACGCGGUUUUCACGAUAUUCUUCACACAACAGCAGCAGGACAGUGCCACCGGUUUGAUGACGGAGAAAGUUAGCAAAAUAUCGCUGGUCGAUCUGGCCGGAUCCGAGAGGGCCGAUUCGACGGGUGCGAAAGGGACGCGAUUGAAAGAGGGAGCCAACAUUAACAAGAGCUUGACGACUCUCGGGAAGGUUAUCAGUGCCCUGGCCGAAAUUGCGGCGACGAAAAAGAAGAAGAAAGCCGAUUUUAUACCAUACAGAGACUCCGUUUUAACAUGGUUGUUGCGGGAGAAUUUGGGCGGAAACUCGAAAACUGCUAUGAUCGCGGCGGUGAGUCCUGCCGACAUCAAUUACGACGAGACGCUUUCAACUUUACGAUACGCGGACCGAGCGAAACAGAUCGUCUGCAAAGCCGUGGUCAACGAGGACGCGAAUGCCAGGCUUAUCAGAGAACUCAAGGAAGAGAUACAGAAGCUGCGGGAACUUCUGAAGCAGGAGGGCAUCGACGUACAAGAAGGGCCAGAUGGCAAAGUUACAUACGAAAAGAAAGAUAGGGACGAAAUUAUCAGAACGAACAAGCGAAACGAGGAGGACAGGGAGACUCGACCGAGGAUUUCCUCUCACACCACAUCCACCAUUGCCGAAGAGGCGGUCGAGCAAUUGCAAGCGUCCGAGAAAUUAAUCGCAGAAUUGAAUGAAACUUGGGAGGAGAAGCUGAAGCGAACCGAAUCGAUUCGCCUGCAACGCGAGGCGGUGUUCGCCGAAAUGGGAGUCGCCGUGAAAGAGGACGGCGUCACGGUGGGCGUCUUCUCCCCCAAGAAGACGCCGCACUUGGUGAAUCUGAACGAGGACCCCCUCAUGUCGGAGUGUCUGAUCUACUACAUCAAGGACGGAUUCACGCGCAUCGGUAGCGCCGAGGCGGUCGUGCCUCAGGACAUCCAGCUGUGCGGCCCGCACAUACUUAAGGAGCACUGCGUUUUCGAGAAUCACGAGGGUAUUAUAACUCUCAUACCGAAGAACGGAGCGUUGAUCUACGUCAACGGUCGCGAGGUGACCGAGCCACUCAUCCUGACGACUGGCUCGCGCGUCAUCCUGGGAAAGAGCCACGUUUUCCGAUUUAAUCAUCCAGACCAAGUACGCGAACGGAUAGCGAACGGAUCCCCGACAGAAACUCCCGGCAAUAACGAGCCGUUAGCGGACUGGAAUUUCGCGCAGGUGGAGCUGUUAGAAAAACAGGGUAUCGAUCUAAAGGCUGAAAUGGACAAGCGACUGCUCGUACUGGAGGAACAGUUCCGUAAAGAGAAGGAGGAAGCCGAUCAGCUGUUUGAAGAGCAACGAAAGAGCUACGAAGCGCGGAUAGACGCGCUACAGAGGCAGGUGGAGGAGCAAAGUAUGACAAUGUCUAUGUACAGCAGUUACACGCCGGAAGACUUCAAUAACAUCGAGGAGGAUAUCUUCGUCAACCCAUUGUUUGACGCAGAGAGCAACUGGACCGAGAGAGAGUUUCAACUGGCCGCUUGGGCCUUCCGCAAAUGGAAAUAUCAUCAAUUCACGAGUUUACGGGACGAUCUUUGGGGCAACGCGAUAUUCCUUAAAGAGGCUAAUGCUAUAUCCGUUGAACUAAAAAAGAAGGUUCAAUUCCAAUUUACCUUGCUCACGGACACCCUUUACUCGCCCCUACCUUCGGAUCUCUUGCCCGUUAUGGACGAAGAAGAGGAGGACGAGAGACCGUUCCCGCGCACGAUCGUCGCCGUUGAAGUUCAAGAUAUGAAAAAUGGUGCUACGCAUUACUGGACCUUGGACAAGCUAAGACAGCGCUUGGAGCUGAUGCGACACGUGUACAACGAGGACUCGAGCCCCAGCACUCCGGAGGCCAAAGAGGAUAUUUUCCAAUGCCUUACGGUCUACUCUAAUCCGAAGUUCUCGCUCGCAAAUCUUUUGCCUUCGAGGCAAAGGCUGGAGCUGAUGCGCGAGAUGUAUCACAAUGAGGCCGAGCUCUCACCGACGUCUCCGGACUUCAAUAUCGAAUCCAUCACGGGAGGCGAUCCAUUUUACGACCGAUUUCCGUGGUUCCGCAUGGUCGGCAGAGCUUUCGUGUACCUCAGCAAUCUCAUGUAUCCGGUGCCGCUGAUCCACAAAGUGGCCAUCGUGAACGAAAAGGGCGACGUCAAGGGUUACCUGCGAGUGGCCGUGCAGGCCGUAGUUGAAGAGGAAAACAGCGAAUACUCAAGUGGCGUUAGACAAUCAGCUCGAAUCUCCUUCGAGGACGACCUGUUCGGCGGGCACAAGCAUAACAAACGCAGCUCCCUGCUGGCUCAGACUCUAGAGAAGAAUCGGCAGAUCAUGCUGCACGAGGAGCGCGUGGUCGAGGGCCACAACGAGAUCAAUCAGAAGGACAUGAAGGACGAGGACGACAUAGGAGACGCCGACAGCGGCAGGGGCGACAGCUCGGUCUCGAGCGACAUGAAGGAGGAAGAGCUGCCGGAUCACUUGCAACCCGGCGCGGAAUUCACCUUCAGGGUAACGGUCCUACAAGCCAUGGGCAUUUCCACGGAGUACGCUGACAUUUUCUGUCAGUUCAACUUCCUACAUCGACACGACGAAGCUUUCUCGACGGAGCCGGUGAAGAACACGGGCAAGGGUAAUCCACCCGGAUUUUAUCACGUACAGAACAUUACGGUCACGGUUACAAAAUCCUUCUUGGAAUAUCUGAAGACUCAACCUGUCGUCUUCGAAGUGUUCGGUCAUUAUCAGCAACAUCCGUUGCACAAGGACGCGAAGCUGGAAUACAGCGUGCGACAGCCACCGAAGAGGAUGCUACCGCCAUCCAUACCGAUCAGCCAGCCGGUGCGCUCGCCGAAAUUCGGGAGUGUCCUGCCGUCUCCCAGCACGUCGCACGUGCACGCCAAGUACGACGUGCUGGUGUGGUUCGAGAUCUGCGAGCUGGCGCCGAACGGCGAGUACGUGCCGUCGGUGGUGGACCACAGCGACGAUCUGCCGUGUCGCGGGCUGUUCCUGCUCCACCAGGGGAUACAGCGACGUAUACGAAUCACCAUUGUGCACGAGCCGGCCUCCGAGUUGAGGUGGAAGGACGUGCGCGAGCUCGUGGUCGGCCGCAUACGGAACACCCCGGAGCCCGAGGAGGAGGACAACGACUCGUCUGUCCUCUCGCUGGGCCUGUUCCCGGGCGAGUACCUCGAGAUCCCCGGCGACGAUCGGACCAUGUUCAGAUUCGAGGCGGCCUGGGACAGCUCCCUGCACAACUCGGCUCUGCUCAAUCGCGUCACGUCUUACGGCGAGCAAAUCUUCAUGACCAUCUCCGCGUAUCUCGAGCUGGAGAAUUGUGGGAGACCGGCGAUUAUCACGAAAGAUCUGAGCAUGAUCAUCUACGGGAGGGACGCGAGAGUCGGGCCGCGCUCGCUUAAGCAUCUAUUUAGUGGCAGCUACCGCAACCAGGAAGCGAAUCGACUCAGCGGCGUCUACGAGCUGGUGUUACGCCGUUCUUCGGAAGCAGGUAGCCCAGGAGUUCAACGACGUCAGCGUCGCGUCUUGGACACGAGCUCCACGUACGUCCGGGGCGAGGAGAACCUGCACGGAUGGAGGCCGCGCGGUGACAGUCUCAUAUUUGACCAUCAGUGGGAGCUCGAGAAGUUGACGAGGCUGGAGGAAGUGGAGAGAGUGCGGCACACGCUGUUGCUGCGGGAGAAGCUCGGCAUUGAUAAAGUACCGUUCUGCAAUAAACCUCUGCACGAUUUCACGAAGAGCGAAAAAGACGUGUGCAAUAUGGUGGCGAAGGCCACGAACGAGCCGCACGCCAGCCCGGUGAAGCUGAAUCGUUCGACGAGUAGUAAAGACGUAUACGAACCCUGGGAGAUGACCGAGAGGGAGCGCGAAUUGUCGACCAAGUACAUUAAACUCAUCCAAGGGAGAAUCCCGAGUAAGGAGCCGAUACUGCUCUCCGAUGUUUCGCCCGAAGACACCAUAACCGAUUUAUCCGCGUCUAUGAUGUCGUCGGUCAUAUCGUCCUCAUCUCAAGAGUUGAGCUCGCCGGAGAGGGCUAGACUGCAAGAGCUCCAGGAGAGCAUAUUGGCGAGCGAGUCGGCUAAUCAGACCUGCACCGUCGCGCCGCCGCCGCUCGGAUCGUCCUCGCCGUCGAAGGAGAAUCUGGUGUUGUACGUGCCGGAGGUAGAGGAGAUACGCAUUAGUCCGGUCAUCGCGCGGAAGGGCUAUCUGAACGUUCUCGAGCACAAGACCAACGGCUGGAAGAAACGCUGGGUGGCUGUCCGCCGACCAUACGUUCUCAUUUUCCGAGAGGAGAAAGAUCCCGUCGAGAGGGCAUUAAUUAAUUUGGCUACAGCUCAAGUCGAAUACUCCGAGGAUCAGCUGGCCAUGGUGAAAGUGCCGAAUACUUUCAGUGUCGUCACCAAGCACAGAGGAUACUUGCUGCAGACUUUAGGCGACAAGGAAGUCUACGAUUGGCUGUAUGCGAUUAAUCCUCUCCUAGCUGGUCAAAUUAGGUCGAAGCUUGCCCGCAAAGGUCCGCCUGCUCCGAAUUUAAGCAACGGCGCGCCGAUUGGCAUAGUACCGCAACUGGAGCAGCAGAGCAAUCAGACCAAGUGAGUGGUCGACACUAUGGCCGGGGUAACGAGUGCAAUAGCGAAGGCGUCGGAGAGAAUGCUGUGUUGGUCACACUCGGCCUUAGAGUCCCAAGACUUCUGCAACUUUCGAUUCCCGCUGGUCUUUGACUGACCGGGCGGGGGAGGGGGUCGAAGCUGUCCCUUGAGACUAUCCACGAUCGGCGGCAUAUUAAUAUCGACGUUUUACUUUACACAGCGUCCCCUUAGCACGUUGUAGGGCAGUCAGAGUGGGAGAAAAAAAAAGAGAGAAGAAAAGAGGAAGAUGGUGCUCGUCUUUCGAAGAAGUUACAAAUGCGCGUACAAAUGCAUUCGGUUGCACUGUGCUGGAGGAAAAAAAAAAUGUUCCGUUUUCGAGUCUCUCCGUACAUUUCGAACUCGCGUUCGAAGUGCUCCCCACGUCGAUGAGACGAACGUCGCGCGCGCGAAUGUUUUCGUUGAAAUUUUUUUUCUUAUUUCCGUAAAACGCGUUUAAUAUCGACGUAACUACUAAUCGCGAUAUCCCUAACGUAACGCGACGUGUGAGGAAGAUAGAAAGAAAUGCAUUUAUGCCUAAUAAACAUAUAUUCCUAAGACGAUCACUGAAAGUCGGGACAGGGAAUACACGUUAUAGAUAUAUCUGUAGAAGAGGAAGUAUGCGAGACAAAGUGAGAAAGAGAGGGAGAGAAAGAGAACAAUAUAAAAAGAGAGAAAGAGAGAGAGAAAACGAAAUAAACGAGAGACGAGAAGAUAUUAAUAAUUUCAUACGCAAGCUUAACGAUCGCUUAGUACGCGAAAAAUUAUUACGACGGAGAAAAAAAAAGAGAGCAUUAACAUUUUGUAAGAUGAUUCAGGCAAAUCGUUGAGAUCCGUUUAAGAUAGUACUCUAUCUAAGCAUUUUAGCAUCGCGACGAUCGUUUUUAAAAAGAGUAGAGACGACUUUCUAUAAGGAUUACACUUCCACUUUUUUGUUCACUGAUCGUUUUUUCCUUUACUCGAUCAAGCAGAUUAGACACGUACACCGACCGUGCAAUGACUCUCCGAUUUCCGUGUGAAAAGGUCGUAUACGCUGCUGUACACGCAAUCGAUCGGCCGUCGCUCGAUGAAGAUUUUACCUUCUUAAUUCGAGAUUCGAAUAAUUUUACUUGCAACGCGCGUACUGUAAGAUAGGAUAACAUUGCUCCAAAGCAACGACGCUAACUUUGCAUCGGAAUGAAAAAAAAAAAAGAUUCGACUACCAUUUAAGGUGUAAAAGUGAGAGGCAACGAAAGUAGGAGAGAGGAAGAGAAUCACCGCUUCUUGAAGCAUGAAACUCGUAGAACACUUCCUUUUGACGUAGCUCGAAAUGUUUUUUUUUUCGCACCCUACAUCACGCCGUUAUCCUCGAUAUAGAGUAAUUUUAUCCUGUCUUGAGAUAUCUGCAAAUUUCCUGUGCAUAUUUUUGAGUACCUGGCAGCUACCGUUUUAAACUAUACAAAUGGAUUAAAGGGAUUUAAAAGCAAAAAACAAAAGUCCUUAAGAACAGAUCGAGCGUACGAACAAUAACUAAGCAUUUGUAACUCUCUGUUUCUAAGAAUCUUUGUCUAAUCGUAAGAUUAAUGUAGAAAUCUUGCAACGAUAAUAACAAUUUUGUAUGAAACUUUGUUACAAUUCCAAUGCGAAAUUAUGAAAUGUUAUGUAAUUGUAUUCCUCUUUUUCUUCAAUCGUUAUGCGCGUUAUGUAUAUAUAAAAUGUAGAAAUACUUGAUUCAUUUUAAUGCUAAAUCAAUAUAAAUUUGCAGCAUGUAAUCGUCAUUAAUGAAAGAAAUGAGCUCGAUUCGACCGUGCUCGAAAUUAACAGAUAAAGAAAGAAGCGUGAAUUUUAAGACGAGCUACGCGAAUCGUAACGAAAUCUUGAAUUGUUAUUGCGUCGUUGCGAGAGUUUCACACGAAGAAAAUUAUUGUUCCGAUAAGCGGAGAAAUAAUAUUUUACUGCGAGAACUUCUUCGAAACACGAAUAAAUGCGCGUAGUCGGCAAGCAAGCGGCGCGUUCGGACGACGUGAGAAAUUUUUCCAUUUGUAAUCGACCGAGACCCACGAUUGAUACGAAAAGCUGGGACGAAGCUUGGGAUUUUCGCACUUCGUACCUCGCAGCGUGCGAAAUAGAUAAAAAAAAAUUACGCUAAUCUAUGGGUAUAGACGCCACACUCUGACACAUCGUGUUUUUAUGUCUACUUAGAGUUUAAGCAGUGCUCCUCGAAGACGUUCGCCACGCAAUACGGCACGCACAUCCUCGGACGUAUUCGCGACGAAUGCGCGUCGACGAACGUACCUUAACGGCUUCGUCUGACGAGGAAAUAUUCAAUUUGGAUCAUCUAUUUCUUAAUAAAUGCUUGUUCGCUCUUAUAUAGUUUUGGAAUGAAUAAAAUUGAAAUUAUAUAAGGCGACAAAAUUUUAUUUAAAAAAAAUUAAGUCAGUUAUAACAUAGAAUUACAAAGAGUUGGUGCAGAAAAGAUUCAUUCGUUCGAUCUAAUUUUCUUCUGAAGCGGAACGAUCUCUGUUUCCCCAAUUUCUUUUCUCUUCGGAGAAUCUAAAGACGAUAGAUAAGUGGCUAGUUCAAACUGAAAAAGAUUGAUGGAGGAGAGCCAACGCGAAAGGAAAUUCACGCGAAGGAAAAACCUAGCGUGUCGCAAAAACGAUGAUGAUACAACACAAAGUAAUGAAAAUACAUUGGAUUCGAAUAUCUAUCUGACUUACGAUAUUUUAUCUUUCAAUAUUUCUGCCCUUUAAAAGGAAAAGAAGUCAGUCCUUUAAAUUCAAUGAUCCAAAAUUGAAUAGUUUCCUCAUAGACGAUUGCGUUGUUCCGAGGCUUUUACUAACUUCUCUUACGUGUAACAGACUUCGGAUAACAGGUGCGGCAUUAUAAAUACAUGUGUCUACCGUGCACCUCACAUGGAGAGAACUCUCAACAUCCUCGAUAUAUCGAUAUGACAUCUUAACUCACGAUACGCGCGACUGCGGUGUCCAAGUUCGAGAUGUAGAUCAAAGGAGGGCUCGUUCUCUUGAUAUGUAUUACGUAUAUAAUAGCAUUUCAUGACGAUCGACAUGUAGUACCGAGACAUUUUCACGCACAGCAGAAGCCCGAUUUGUUUCGCUCCAUCCCCAAUCCGAGUCGAGUGCAUUCCCUGUUGCUCAGACAGUCAAAUCUGUCGAAACAGAACUUUGUAAAGUGCUAUCAAUUCUCUCGGUAGAAGCGGAGAGGCAACAGAAUCUGCCAGCAGAAUAUGACGGUAGAUUGACUGCAGAAACUGAGCAGAAUUUUUUGUAAUCACUUAAAUGAUAUAUUCGAUUUAAAUUUAUUGUUAUGAAAGACUGCUCGGUUUUUUUUUUGCUGGCUGUCUGCUAUUGAAUCACGUCGGUAGAUUCUGUUGGCGCAGGUUUCGAGUUUAAUGCGGAUGCAAUUGAUGCCGCAUUAUUCUCCCGAAUCUGCUGAUAAGCUGCUAGCAUACCGCUAACAUUUUGUUCACUAGGCAGAUUUUGCGAAGUGUUACAAAUUUUGUCAGCAGAAAAUAUAAUAGAAUUUGGUAACGGAUUAACUGCAAAAAUUGAGUAGAAUCUGCUAUUCAUAAAUCACUUAAUAUAUUUCAUUUUAAUCGCUACGAAAUGGCAGAUUCUACUCAUUCCCUGCUGGCAAUCUGAUAUCAGAUUACGUAGGCUCUGCUGAUAGAUCGCAGGAAGCAGAAUUCAGACGCAAUUGAUCCCACAAUCUGCCUGCAGAAUCUGCUGGCAAGCUGUGUUAGCAUGCUGUUAAUAUUUUGCUUACCGAGUAAACCACCCAAUUGUACAAUCGAAGGUAUACGUGUACACACAUUUUGUAAUUAUAUAUCUGGGCUCUAUAUCGCUUCUCCACAUUCCGCGAAUGCUUGGGAGCGCGCGUCAGUAUUAAGUUCUACGUAUACUCUUCUCAUCGCCCAAGUAUUACGGACACUACUGUACUCCUCAGUUCCUUUCGGCAAGAAAAGGAACCUCAUCCGAGCUCCUUUCGCAGCGUACGAACGGGUUUUUUUUUACGUUAUCCUUCCAAUCGAAAUGGUCUAUCGAUUUCGUGUACCUUGACGUCUCUCGAGGAACAAGAUUCCGAAUCAAGAUUCUCCGGAAGGAGGGGGGGGGUGGUCUCCGACGUGGACGUCGAUAUCGGAAUUUGGACGGAAGACGAAUCGUAAAUCCUGGCUCGCUUGAUAUUCUAGUCGCUGAGGCGCGCUUCGCGCGCUCGAUCCCGAGGCCGAUUACGUCUUUUCCUUUUUUUUUUCUCUUCUUUCUUCGAUCGCCCCACACGAUUCUCGAUCGCGGCUUUCACACGAGUGUAAACGCCCCGCCACCGAUUAUCCGUUUUCGCUUGCUGACUGUUGUAAUAUCUGAUAGUUUUAUUUUGUUAACGACACACCACCAUAUGAUGUAUCGAGAAAUAAAAAAAAAUGCAUAAAUAUAUAAGUUGAACUUUAGGCUCUCUAUCGACUGUGCCGAGGAGCAAAGUGGUAUACACGACGAGAGAGAGAAGAUGGUGCGAGAGAGGAUGACAAGAAAGGGGGGGAGGGGAAGAAAAAAGAAAUCGCGUAUAUUACGAGGAAUUUACAUCGCAUUUAAGUCGUUGGAGAGAUUAAUAAUCAUUGUUAUUAUUAGUAGACGAAAUAUAGGAGAGAAGAGAACGGACACGGCGAGAAUGAGAGCGUGCAUGAGAGGUUGAAAGUUUAAGGGAAAGAGAGGAAGAGAAAACGAAAGAGAGAGAGAGAAAGAAAGAGAACUUCCGAGUGGAAAUGCAUGAAAGAGGGAAAGUAUGUGUGAGAGAGAAAGCACGCGCGAGAGAGAACACGUUCGCUUAUAUACAUAUACAUAAUACAAAAUAUAAAUUAUAUAAAUAUAUAAAUAAAUUUAAUAAGCGUUACUUUAAUAAGCAUUCCUUUGUGAAACAUUGUGGAUCAUCGCGAGGCGACACGAUGGCAGGAAGGCUAAUGGCGAUGCGAUCUGUACCAAGUUAUAUAAGUUCGUGUGUUUGUUUGUAAGGUAACUGGACAUCCGUUACGAAGCGUUUUCGUUUUUGACCGUUUGCUAUCGGAAACGUGCAUCGAUGCUGUAACUAGUAUUUAUUAUAAAUAUUAUAUUAUGGUUACUCGAAUAUUUCGCUAGGCUCACUGUAAGUGGUAACGUGUAAUAAAUCGGUCAAUAAAAAGCUUAUAUGCUUAA